GAGAAGGGGCAAACCUGCCGCGACACCGGCUUCGACAAUGUGGCAACUCACGUGCUGUGGUGCUCGCCGACCAACAAAGGCAUCUGUGUCCGGCACGGUCCGGGAACGAACGCGACCUCAAUCUUCGACCUCCCCGGCAUCCUCUGGCGGUACAACUCCACGGAUCCGCCUGCCUUUAUCUUCGACAUCGAGGCUGCCGAUGAUCCACGCGGAGGCACCUUCCUUCACUUCCCUGUCGUUCCGGUCAUCAGGCAAUUCGACAUGAUUGUCAUUGAGGACAACAUCGUCCCCAGAGCAGACCAUUGGGUCCGUCAGCGCGACCUCUCGCGAAUCAUCCGCGGCCAGGAUGUCGGCCACCGCAUAGUGGAGAUGCUCAACGCCGACCGGACGCUGCGCAUCGACAUGGUCUUGGACCCGUUCCCCAUUCUGGAUUUCAACCCGCCGCAACAGGGGAGGUGGUUUCGGAACAACAAGAUCAAGGUGCCGGACAUCCGCGGCUCCGAGGAGAUCGCAGAGCUCGCGGUGUGCUGGGGUGAGCGUGCCGGAGAGUACUAUGCGCUUGCUGGCUACCUGAGCUUCGUGAACCCGAACUUUUUGGAAAGGAUAACUUUGGGUCUGACGACCACCGCCGCCGGGCACACGGCACCUGUGAUCCUGACUUUCACCACGGGCGACAACCCGCAGUACUUCCUGCCCCAAAAUGCCAUGCAGCUGAGGCUGACAUUCACCAACACGACGGUCAUUGCACCGGCCUUCGCGAACCAAGAUGCGGAGCUGGUCGAGAACAUGACCUAUGCGGACCAGAUGCACGAGGCUUCGCAAGCCGUGUGUGGUCGGCUCUUCUUGGAGCUACACUCUGACCUGGAGUUGGGGUUUCCCGUGCCCCAGGGAUGCUACGUCGAUACCAACCGCUACGGCUCAGAGGGGCGGGUGAUCGCCAUCUACCUCCUCUUCGAGGCCUUGAACGGCUUGAAGGCGCAGACGACCUACACCAUC